AAUAGAGUGUUGAAGAAGAAGAGAAGAAGAUGAAGGUGAUCGAGAAAAUCAGAGAAUUGGCGGAUGGGGAAGGAGGAAGGGUGGCAUUCUCGUUCGAGUACUUUCCACCAAAGACAGAAGAUGGAGUGGAUAGCCUGUUCGAGAGGAUGGAUCGAAUGGUGGCUCAUAACCCUACAUUCUGCGACAUCACCUGGGGUGCAGGUGGCUCAACCGCCGAUCUGACCCUGGAAAUUGCUAAUAAGAUGCAGAACAUGAUCUGUGUGGAGACAAUGAUGCAUCUUACCUGCACCAAUAUGCCCGUUGAGAAGAUCGAUCAUGCCCUCGACACCAUCAAGUCUAACGGGAUCCGGAACGUUCUCGCACUCCGUGGUGAUCCUCCUCAUGGCCAGGACAAGUUCGUCCAGAUCCAGGGCGGUUUCGCCUGUGCCCUCGACCUGGUUAAGCACAUGCGGGAAAAGUAUGGAGAUUACUUUGGCAUUACUGUUGCUGGUUAUCCAGAGGCACAUCCUGAUGUGAUUCAGAGUGGUGUUGCCACCGAGGAAGCUUACCAGAGUGAUCUUGCUUACUUGAAGAGGAAGGUUGACGCUGGAGCUGAUCUCAUCGUCACUCAACUAUUUUACGAUACUGAUAUUUUUUUGAAAUUUGUGAAUGACUGUCGUCAAAUUGGAAUAACUUGCCCCAUUGUUCCUGGCAUUAUGCCAAUCAAUAAUUAUAAGGGGUUCUUGCGUAUGACUGGUUUUUGCAAGACUAAGAUACCACUAGAGAUCAUGGCUGCCUUAGAGCCUAUCAAAGACAAUGAAGAAGCUGUAAAAGCUUAUGGAAUUCACCUUGGAACUGAAAUGUGCAAGAAGAUUUUAGCUCAUGGGAUCAAGACUGUGCACCUUUACACACUAAACAUGGAGAAAUCAGCGUUGGCAAUAUUAAUGAAUCUUGGGUUAAUCGAUGAGGCCAAAAUUUCAAGGUCCUUACCAUGGAGACGCCCAACAAAUGUUUUCCGUGUUAAAGAAGAUGUUCGUCCAAUUUUCUGGGCUAAUCGUCCAAAAAGCUACAUAUCAAGGACUAUAGGAUGGGACCAGUACCCAAGUGGGCGGUGGGGAAAUUCCCGUAAUCCAUCAUAUGGGGCACUGUCUGACUACCAGUUUAUGCGACCACGUUCACGUGACAAGAAGCUUCAUGAGGAAUGGGCUGUCUCACUGAAAUCUGUUGAAGAUAUUCAUGAGAGAUUCAUGAAAUUCUGCCUUGGGAAACUUAGAAGCAGUCCAUGGUCAGAGUUAGAUGGGCUCCAACCAGAGACAAAGAUCAUAAAUGAACAGUUGGCUAAUGUCAACUUGACGGGUUUCCUCACAAUCAAUAGUCAACCAGCAGUCAAUGGGGAGAAAUCUGAUACUCCAUCUAUUGGAUGGGGUGGGCCAGGUGGAUAUGUUUACCAGAAGGCCUACCUGGAGUUCUUUUGUUCUCAGGACAAGUUGAAUUCACUGGUUGAAAAAUGCAAGGCUUUCCCAUCUCUAACCUACAUGGCCGUGAACAAAGGAGGAAGGUGGAUAUCUAACGUCAGCUCUAGCAAUGUGAAUGCAGUGACAUGGGGAGUCUUCCCAGCAAAGGAGAUCAUCCAACCAACUGUUGUGGAUCCUGCAAGCUUUAUGGUGUGGAAGGAUGAGGCCUUUGAAAUCUGGACAAAGGGAUGGGCAUUCAUGUACCCAGAGAGCGAUCCAUCAAGAAAACUACUAGAGGAGGUGCAAAGCACUUACUUCUUGGUCAGCUUAGUUGAUAAUGAUUAUAUCCAUAGUGAUCUGUUUGAGGUCUUAAAGGAUAUAUAAGAUGGUCUGCUUCGUUUUGUUUCCGUCUUCAAGCAUACCACCUAGCAAGAGUGCUUGCUUUGAUGUCAAUUAUGAAUUCCAUGUCAUGAAAAGCUCUAUGUUAUCUUAUUCAAUAACAUUACAUUUUAAAAGUUCUGGUCAUUGUGCCUCCGGCCAUGCAACUCUGCAAAGAGGAGUGUCUGGGUUAUUUUUCUAGAACAAUCCCAUAUGUAACAGUUUCUGCUGUGUGCUUUUAUUCAUUAUAUUAUUAAUUGAUUA